AUGAUGCGAGAUAUGGCACAGACCUACAGUUCGGGAUUGGUGAACGGGUCAGAGGACAGUGGUUAUCCUGCAAUGGACCUCGGAGGGAAACUUAUCAUCAAGGUCCAGCUUUGUGAUGAUAUACGAGUGAUCCCUAUUCAUAAUGAGGAUAUUACAUACGAUGAACUGGUGUUGAUGAUGCAGCGGGUGUUCAAAGGACAACUCUCACCAGAGGAUGAAGUUUCCAUUAAAUACAAGGAUGAUGAUGGAGACCUCGUGACAGUGUUUGAUAGCAGUGAUCUGGCAUUUGCCAUAUCAUGCAGCAGAAUCCUUAAGCUGCGCCUUUUGGUUAAGCCAAAGGCUCGGCCAUUGGACAGCAGUGAUCUUCAUUUGAUGCGGAAGAAGUUGGAGGAGAUGCAGGCCAACAUUGCUGACAUGCUUGAUCGCAUCAAUCUCACUGAAGUUCCUGAGCCAAAACCUCAUGGGGACAAGAAGAUGGUUUCUACUUCAAGUGAAGGAGAUGUAAAGCAAAUUGUACAGCCCAAGGAAUUUGAUCCCCUGGAUAACAGUUCCCCUCGCCACUCUGCUUUGAAAGUUGAGAGUGGAACAGGAGUCAUGGGUGGAAGUAGUGGGAUGAUGCGACCUGGGAGUGUUCAGCAGCAGCAGCAGCAGCCAGGUCCUUAUGCUAUGGUGCAGCAACCAACAUCCUACUCCCAUGUCUACCAUCCUCCAUCAUCUGUUCCUCAGCAUUCCUCUCAAACAGGGGUGAUGCUUGGGCAAGUAGGAUCAUCUGCUGGCCUAGGGCCAUCCUAUCCAUCUUAUGCAGGAGCUCCAGCUACAGUUCAAACAGCUGUUCCAACAUCUUCUGCUGUAUCUCAGGCUGGAUAUGCUCCAGUUUCUCAGCACCAAGCUACAUAUCCUGGUUCUCCUUCGACAUACAUGGGUGGGAUGCAGGGACAAGCAGGAGGCACUGGGAGCUAUGCUGCAGCUGGACCCCCUCCCACUUCUGGAUUCCAACCUCCUCUUAAUCCUUAUAGUCGAACUACUGCUCCUCCUCCAUCAACCCAAAUAACCCAGCAUGUGAAGGAUAGAGAUCUUGUGAGUAGCCUGACUGAUGAAUUCAAAAGAAAAGAAACAGAUGAGGAACGGAUUCAUUUGCUAUGGGACCUGGAGCCAGUGCAAGGAUUCCAGUGCCCGACUCCAACAGAGACAAAAAGUCUCUGUAUGGCAGAAAGAAGCCGCUUGAAUGGAAAUGAAUUCUACAAGAAGAAAGACCUCAAGAUUGCCUUUCACUGUUAUUCUGAUUGCAUCCGCUAUGCACUCCCUGGAACUCCUCUUCUUGCCACUGCCUUUGCCAACAGGUCAGCAGUCUCUUAUGAACUUGGGGAAUACAGAGAAUGCUUGGUGGACCUGGAAAGAAGUUUCAAGAUAGAACCCAAAGGUGGUCUGCUGGAUCGCAAAAUCCGCUGCCUUGUCUCUCUUGGCCAGGCAUCUCAAUGCUUAGCCUUGAUGAAUGAUUUGGAAAAAAUGGGCCAUCCAUCAGAUCGUUUGAAACUACUCCGCCAAGUCAUCACAGAUGCUUCUGGAGAGAAGAAAUUUGAAGGAGAAAGGGGAGAAGCUAUGAGCAUUCCCAGAUUGAAUUCUGAGGAAAGAAAUACACAUUUCCCUGCUCUCUCUGGUGCCCUCCAGUUCCAGGAGUCUGUUGAGAAAGGAAGGCAUUUUGUGGCUGCUCGUCACAUCUUACCUGGAGAGGUGGUGGCAGUGGAGAAGGGUUAUGCCUCAGUAGUAGUUCCAUCUGCAUGGCUCACUCAUUGCCAUUUCUGCUUCAAGUCACCCCGUCUCCCUGUGCCCUGUGAAAACUGCCCCCAUGUGGUGUAUUGCAGUGAAUCAUGUCGAGAGAUGGCAUUCCCCUUUCAUCAUAAUGAGUGUCAUUGCUUGGAAAUCUUCAAAGAUCCAGAGAUUGGGUCCAUUGGUUUCCUUGCAGCACGCAUCAUCACUUCCUCUCCUGUUGAGACUCUGGAGACUGGGAGCCAAACUAUAAAAAGCUCAGCUUUUUAUGACCCUUUGGAUUACUAUAACAUCUACCACUUGGUUGGUCACUCCACUUCAAGAAGCCCAUCUGAUCUUUUCAUGAGAACCCUGAAGGCCAUCUACAUUGUCAAAUGUCUCAAGAAGGAAUCCAGUUUCCUUGCAUCCCUGGUCCUCAUGCACUUGCAGAAUCUCCCUUGUAAUGCACAUGAGGUUUCCAUGUUGAAUCUCAAUUCAGCCACAUUUGCAUCAGUAGAAAUAGGCAGCGUGGCAUAUGCCACACUAAGCCUCUUUAAUCAUAGUUGUGACCCAAAUGUGGUGCGUCAUUCAUAUGGGGAAAUAUGUGUUGUUCGCUCCAUUCGAACCAUUAGAGCUGGAGAGGAGAUCCUUGACAAUUAUGGCUAUCAUUAUGCCAUCAUGCCCAAAAAUGAAAGACAAUCUCAUCUCACUUCCCAGUACUUUUUUGAUUGUCAUUGUCAUGCCUGUGUGGAAAAUUGGCCAUUGUUUGCUUCAAUUCCAGAUAAAAUUGCCUUCAAGUGUCCCUCCUGUCAGAAGGAAUGCAAUCAUGUUGAUAAAAGCAGCCUCUCUGUUGAAUGGUCAGAAAUGUUCCACAGCUGCUCAGAGAUUCAGGAGAGGCUCUCAUCUUGUGUUGGGAAGGCAGAGGGCUCUGAUGCAUUCAAACUUGAGAAAUGUUUACAUUUCAUGGAUUUGCAUACAGAAAGACCUCAUGUGAAUUACAACCGGUUUCAGGAGACUCUGAAAUAUGUGUAUUCCCUCCAUGCAAAUGGACACAAACUUAUCCUGAAGCUGACUAAGACACCAAACGAGAUCUAUUGCCUUAGUAAAUCAGAGUAA